GUCCCGCCGGUUCCAGAAAGCUCCGGGGCUGGAGCGGGGCGACCCGCAGCGCCGCGGCCGGAUAAAUAGGGGCGGGCGGGGGCGGGCGGCCGCGGCGGAGCUCGCCAGGGCGGCUGGGGUGCCAACCGCAGGCGGCUGCCUCCGGGACGGGACCAUGGCGCUGCUGCUUGCUCCCGCUGCUCGGCCUCCUGCUCCCCUGGGAGGGGGGCCAGGCCCUCGUCCCCCCCAGCGAGCUCAAGCAGAUGUCGGCAGCUGGUAGCAAAUACAUCGAUACGGAGGUGGAAAAUGCCAUCAACGGUGUGAAGCAGAUGAAGACCCUCAUGGACAAGACCAGUAAGGACCACCAGGCCAUCCUGCACACGCUGGAGGAGACCAAGAGGAGGAAGGAGGAGGCGGUGCAGCUGGCCCGGGAGAAGGAGCAGCAGCUGGCAGAGAAGCAGGAGGUGUGCAACGAGACGAUGCUGGCGCUCUGGGAAGAGUGCAAGCCCUGCCUCAAGCACACCUGCAUGCGAUUCUACUCCCGCACGUGCCACAGCGGCUCGGGGCUGGUGGGACGGCAGCUGGAGGAAUUCCUCAACCAUUCCUCGCCCUUCUCCAUCUGGGUGAACGGCGAGCGCAUCGACUCGCUGCUGGAGCGGGACCAGCGGCAGGAGCGGCAGUUCGAGGACAUGGAAGAACGGUUCGGGUUGCUGGAGGACGGGGUGGAUGACAUCUUCCAGGACAGCACCCAGGUCUACAGCCGCAUGUAUCCCUUCUUCCGAGCACCCUUCGGUGGUUUCCGCGAGGCUUUCCGCCCCCCCGUCCAGCACAUCUACUUCCCCCCGCGCAGCGAGAGGUUUUCCCGGGAUCUGCAUCCCUUCUUCCAGCAUCCCCACCACGGCUUCCACCGCCUCUUCCAGCCGCUCUUCGAGAUGACGCAGAGGAUGCUGGAGGAAGCACAGGGCGGCUGGGAGCGCCCGUUCGGUGGCUUUGCCCCAGAGUCCCGUAACUUCAGCGACGAGCGCAUGGUGUGUCGGGAGAUCCGGCGUAACUCGGCGGGCUGCCUGCGGAUGCGGGAUGAGUGCGAGAAAUGCCGGGAGAUCCUCUCCGUGGACUGCUGGCAGACGGACCCUGCCCAGAGCCAGCUGCGGGAGCAGUUGGAGGACGCCCUGCGCCUGGCCGAGCGCUUCACCCGCCGCUACGACGACCUCCUCCGUGCCUUCCAAGCCGAGAUGCUCAACACCACCAGCCUCCUGGACCAGCUCAACCGCCAGUUCGGCUGGGUCUCGCGCUUGGCCAACCUCACCCAAGGCACCGACGGCUUCCUCCAGGUCACCACGGUCCUCUCCAAGACUCCCAACCUCGAGGACCCCUCGGCCCCCCCCGACACGCAGGUGACGGUGCAGCUCUUCGAUGCGGAGCCGCUGUCCCUCACCGUGCCCGGGGACAUCUCCUGGGAGGAUCCCCGCUUCAUGGAGAUCGUGGCCGAGCAGGCGCUUCAGCACUACAAGCAAAACGCCAUAGAGUAGCCGAGCGAUGCUCCACACCGCCGCCGUGCCGCAGCAAGCCCCCCCCCGCUGCCCCAUCCCCGUGCCAGGGGGUCGGACGCCACCCCCCCCACCCCCCCCGCCGCUGCCGGGGCCCCACCGUGGGCCCCAAACAAACUGAAAAUAAAGGUAGAGUCGAACACCCCGA